AUGCCGCCGGCGGCGCGACCUGCGUUGGCGCCAAAUCCGGCCGCCAUCAUCCACGCCGCGCUGCUCAAAUCCUCCCCUUCCGGCCUCCCGCCGCGCCUCUCCUUCAACUCCCUCCUCGCCGCCGCCGCCGCCUCCCCGCACCGGCGCCUCCGCUCCCUCCUCCUCCCCGCCCUCGCGCUCGCGCACCGCUGCCCCGCGGCCGUCGGGCCCGUUGACUCCUACGCCCUCUGCUCCGCGCUCCGCCACGCCUCCGUGCCAGAGGCGGAGCCCCUCCACGCGCUCGCCGCCAGGUCCGGCUGGCUCGGCAGCGUCUUCGUGUCCUGCGCGCUCGCCGCGGCGUACGGCGGGUCCGGCAGGUUCCUGGACGCCCGCAGGCUGUUCGACGAAAGUCCUGUCAGGAACGGCGUCUUCGGGAACGCUGUUCUUGCUGGGUACGUGAACGCGGGCGAGUGGGCACCGUUGCUGGAGUUUGCAAGGAAGUUUUCAGGACUCGGGUUGCAGGUUGAUGGAUACACGAUGACGGCUGUGGUGAGAGCUUGCGGGGAACUGGCGGAUGCUGAUUUGGGCAGGCAGGCGCAUGGGCAUGCGAUCAGAAGGGUGGGAGCUGUGGAGUCAGACGUGUUCUUGACCAGUGCAGUUGUGGACAUGUAUGCCAAGUGCGGGCUUGUUAGUCAAGCGAAUCAAGUGUUUGACCUCGCUCAGCGGGUGAAUGCUGUUGGAGGAGAUGUUGUGUUGUGGACGGCGCUGCUGAAUGCAUAUGGGAGGCAUGGACAGUGCAAAGAGGUUAUCCAGAUGUAUGACCAGAUGGUGGCUUUAGGGGUCCGGCCUGAUGAACUGGCUAUUCUGGCUGUUCUCUCAGCAUGCCAACAUGCUGGGGAGGUGGUCAAGGGGCUCCAUUAUUUUGAGUCUAUGUAUGACAGUUACGGGUUGACGCCCACAACAGAUCAUUACAGCUGCGUUGUCAACAUGCUAUGUCGGGCAGGGAAGGUGAUAAAGGCCUGGGAGAUUGUGACCGCCGAAGGCUGUGGAGGUGAGUUUGGCAUCUCCACAUGGGCUGCUUUGCUCAGUGCUUGCUGUGAUUGUGGCAAUGUUGAGGUCGGGAGAAUGUCUGCUCAGAGGGCAAUCGAAUUGGAGCCUAACAAUGUUGGGAUUUAUGUCGGGUUGUCAAAUUUGUAUGCAAGGGCUGGCAUGUGGGAGGAGAUUGACCAGCUGCGGAAAGUGAUGAAGAACAAUGGGUUGGAAAAGGAUGUUGGAUUAACGUGGGUUGAGCUUAGUUCCUGA